UCUAAUAUUUAUUUUUCGUUUGUAAACGAGUUUUGAUACGUUUUGUUUCUUUUUUUAUGACGUAAAAAUUGUUUAUUAUUUAUAUGUUAUAGUAGAUUCCAAUCUAAAUCCACAAGAUGUUUAUUUCAUUGAGCAAGUUAUAACUUUUCUAGUAUCUCUUAUCCGAUAAUAUUUUAUAUUCGAAAUUCUCUCGUAUAUAACAGUAAACUAUGUUCAUAUACUUACAUUUCCAGAAAGGAUACAUGAGGAGAAAGCUAAAAUUCUCAUAAUAAACGUUUUAUUGAAAAGUCUAGUAAAAUUUAAACAUCUCGAGAAUGAACGCACGGAAAAUUCUAGGCUUUCUAUUACUCUCUAGCAGCCAUCAAAUGAACAUUGUCUCGGUCGGAAAAAUAAUUUGACAUGUCAAGAGGUUCUUUCCUUAGUAGAGCAGAACUUCCAUCUACACUCGUUGUUGGAACACCGACGAAUAUGAAGUCAAGUAGUAUUAGUAUAUAGUUUUCCUAAAGAGCAGAAAAAUCUCUUUUUAUUACUAUGACUUACGUAAUAUUUCCGUAGCCGAUACUUCAUCUACGUACGAGCCAUCACUAACAACACCACUUGUCAAUGUUACAUUAGCCGGUCCUUUAGGAAUUCUAAAUGUUUCUGUUAUAAAAGCUUAACCAUUUCUUGGCGUUAUUAAUAAGUUUAAUAUGUAAAGUCGAAAAGUAAAUGAAUUCGAGAUCUACGUAACAGUAAAUCCAAGCUAAAGAAAACAUGUCAAUCUAUCUGUAUAUACACAAUUGAUAUACUCCAAUCAUUUUUCAGUAUUAUCUGCUGUAUUAUCAAAAACACUUGUGAAAUCAUUAUUACUUUGUAUUUUCAAAAAAAAGAAACAAAACGUAUCAAAACUCGUUUACAAAAGAAAAAUAAAUAUUAGAACUAUUUUUUGUGUCUGAAAGUAGUAAUUAAUUAUUUUAUAGAGAAAAAUUCUAUUCCUGAAUAAAUUGACUUGCUUCGCACGCCUUCUAUCGCUCGUUGUACUUUGAAAAGAACGUUGAUCAAGUAAUGAUGAGUCAUCUUUGUAUAUUGUAUAACAUAAUAUUUAUUUCUUAUUGAAACUGAUUUAAUUUUUUUUAGAUGACCUAUUUCGAUUCAUCAUUAGCAUUCGAGACAGAUUUCGAUGAACAAACGAAUGAUGAAGAUUUUCUUAUUGCACUUCAAUUACAAAAUCAAAUCGAUAAAGAAGAAAAAGAAAAUGAUAAACAAUUAGAUAAAGUCACACAGAUUCAUCCAAUGAAUGUUGUUGAUAAACAAUGGGAAUUAACCGAUCCAAAUCCGGAUAUUCAUACAUUGUUUCAACAAUUUAAUCAUCAAUUUUUCUAUGCAAAAUUAGAUUGUGUUUAUGUCGAAUGGAGUAAACGAAUGACACGUUGUGCGGGUAUAUGUUAUUAUAGACGAGGUGGUGAAUGUCGAAUUGCACUUAGUGCUAGUUAUCUAACAUUACGACCUCGAAAAGAUCUUGUUGAAACUUUAUUACAUGAAAUGAUCCAUGCUUAUUUAUUUGUUACAAAUAAUAAUCGAGAUCGUGAUGGUCAUGGACCAGAGUUUCUUAAGCAUAUGGUACGAAUUAAUGAUGUAACAGGAGCUAAUAUAACAGUAUAUCAUUCUUUUCAUGAUGAAUAUGAUCAUCUUCAUGGUCAUUGGUGGCGAUGUACAGGAGCAUGUCGUCAAUGGAAACCUUUCUAUGGUUAUGUUAAACGUUCAAUGAAUCGAGCACCAUCAAAUCGAGAUCGAUGGUGGGAUGAACAUGAACGACGUUGUGGUGGUAAAUUUGAAAAAAUAAAAGAACCAGAAAAUUAUCAAACUAAAGAAAAUAAAAAACGAAGUACUAAUGAUAUAACAUCAAAUAAAAAUAAUCAACCAUCAACUAGUCAAAUUUCAUCGCCAUCCAAGAAAAAGAAGAAAACAACUAAUGAUGUAAUACCAAGUCAUCCUACAAUUGAACGAUUUUUCAAAAAAACAAAUUCUACAUCUUCUUCAACUGUUAGUAAACAAUCUGAAGCGAAGAAGAUUAUCGAUACCAACUCACAAAAAUCAUCUUCAUCCACGAACUUAAAUGCUGCUGCUGAUGAAACAAAACAAAAUUAUGUCAAAUGUCCAACUUGCCAAACUUCUUUACCUAAAGCUAAUUUAUUUAUUCACCAAAUACGAUGUUAUAAAUAA